CUUGAAUCUAAUUGGUCUGUUUCAAACUCAGACGGCGGCUAGGUUGUUUUGUUUAGUAGCUCAACUUUUGUUAGCGUGAACGCUAGCUCAGACAGAGAAGACUUGUUUUAUUUCAUUUUCUUAAUGUCUCGAAAAUAGCUGCUACAAGAAAGAUGGAACCCUGUCUUAGUAGUAACAAAGCUGACCGAGGGGAACACAUACAGGGUGACGAUAUGAAGAGAGAUCUGUCAUCAGAGUUCAACACCUCACCAGACUUACAGCAAUCCGGGACAGAGGAGAGGGAACACCUUCAAGUUUACCUCCGCAUCCGCCCUUUCACCUCUGCAGAGAGCCAUAACGGAGAGUCACAGGACUGCGUUGUCAUUGAACCUUCUGACUCAGUUCUCCUGAAGCCUCCUAGUUUGUCCCUCUCAGCAAGGCUCAGCACUGACAGACCCUUCCCACACACUGGACAGCGCUUUCAGUUCUCUCAGGUUUACGGUCCUGAGACAACACAGCAAGAGCUGUUUCAAGGCACAGUGAAGGACUUGGUGAAAGAUGUUCUUGAAGGAGGAAACUCUCUGGUGUUCACGUAUGGAGUCACCAACGCUGGAAAGACCUUCACAUUUUUAGGUCCAGAUGCUGAUGCUGGCAUCCUGCCAAGAUCACUUGAUGUCAUUUUCAGCAGUAUUGAUGAGCAGGUUUUUCCUGGGAUGAACAUCAAACCUCACCGGUGCAGCGAGUUCACAAGGCUCACCAGGGAGCAGGAGGCUGAGGAGGCACUGUUCAAGAGAAACCUCUUCAGACAACUCAAAGAGAGUGAGAGGAGCAACAUGAGCCUCCUGAACCUGACAAAUAGGACUCUCCUUGAAGGCUCUUCCAUGCUUGGUUCAGCGGUUGCAGCAGAGGACAAGAUCAGCCUGGAGGUGGAAGCACACACCAAGUUCUCUGUUUGGGUGUCUUUCUGUGAGAUCUACAAUGAAAACAUUCAUGACCUCCUCGAGGUUAUUCCCAGUGGGGCCCUGAGGAGGACUGCGUUACGUCUGUCACAGGACAUCAAGGGCAACACUUUCGUUAAAGAUCUGCGUUGGGUUCAGGUGAAUAGUGCAGAAGAGGCUUACAAGGUGAUGAAAGUCGGAAAGAAGAACCAGAGCUUCUCUGCUACCAGGCUCAACCAUCUCUCCAGCAGGAGUCAUAGUGUUUUCUCCAUCCGCAUAUUGAAGAUUGAGGAUAUUGGGACUCCAAGGGUACACGCAGUCAGCGAGUUGUGUCUGUGUGACCUGGCUGGCUCUGAGCGGUGUGCAAAGACCCAGAACAAAGGAGAGCGUCUGAAGGAGGCUGGAAACAUCAACACCUCCCUCCUCAUUCUGGGAAAAUGCAUCAACGCUCUACGACACAAUCAGCAGGCCAAGCUGCUUCAGCAUGUGCCCUUCAGGGAAAGCAAGCUGACCCACUACCUGCAGGGCUUCUUCUGUGGUCGGGGUAAAGCCUGUAUGAUCGUCAACAUCAACCAGUGUGCCUCCAUGUAUGACGAGACUCUCAAUGUCCUCAAAUUCUCUGCUGUGGCGCAGAAGGUUGUAGUACUUGCCACCAGGACCCUUCCCAUCAUACCCCAGAGGUCUAACAGUGAUGGAUCCUUAAACAUUAGCAGUGAGAGAAACGCUCGUCAGGGCAGCAGGAGGAGCUCCCUGAACGGUUGGGAUAGUAGCCUUGAGGAUGUACAGGAGGAUGAGGAUAAUGAGCAUGAGGAAGAAGGGAGCCUGAUGGAGGUCACAGUGGGGGAGAUUGGCACUGAAGAAGACGACAUUGACAAUCCUGAUAAAGUUCACAUUGGCAAAGCAGCACACCAGGUGGUGCUGUUGAACCAGUUGCAGCUACAGCUGAAGAAGGAACGAGCAGACAACCUGCUCAUGGAGGCGAGAGUCAGAGAGGAAAUCAGCAGAGAGUUCUCAGAGCUGUUCUCUGAGAUGCAGAAUGACUACAGUGACCGCCUCGCAAGAGAGAGAGACAUCCUGGAAGAGCGAGCGGAGAGGAGGAUGGAGAUCUUUAAGGACCUCAUUGAUAAAAUGGGCAAUGGUGGACCGAGCCAGGAUGCACAAGCCAUGGACAAAUCUCUGGACACACACUCCUUUGAAUUGGUCGACAUCAAGAAAGCUGCUGAGGCCGCUCAUAGAUGCCUGGCUUCAGGCAGAGCAGGGACUCUGGGAGACCGAGAAGACGCUGUUGAGGAGCUGGAAAGGAAGGUGUUGGAACUGAAUGAGCACCAGAGGAAAGCUCAAGAGCAGAUGGCGCACAAUCUCAGUGGUGAACACAGCACAGAGGUGGAUACAGAGAAAACAAAGCUUCUUUUUCAGCUUCAAGAGAAGACGUCCGAGGUUUCCCGCCUGGAGAAACAGAUUGAAGACCUGAAGAGGAAGGCGGAGCUAGGCUCACGUGACCGCUCUUUCUUGGAUACACUGGUUGCCCUUGAGAAGGAGAAGAGAGGCAGGGAAGACGCCAUUGCUGCUUUAGAGUACCAAACUCUAGGAAAAGAGGAGGCGCUGCUGUCCUUAGACGAGGAAAGAAAAGCAAGGGAAGAGGCCCUCGCUGCCCUCGGAGAGUUGAAGCAGAGCAAUGAAGAGUUGCUAGCGUCUCUCAAAGAGGAGAACGUGAAGGAGAAAGCAGUGACCGAUCUGGAAGCUGAGAGGAGAGCUAAGGAGGGUGCCAUUGCUUCCUUUGCAGAGGAGAAACAAAGCCAGAAGGACUUACUCGCUGCUCUUUACGAAAAGAGCAGCGUUAGAGCGGAGGCUGUGGAGGAGGAGAGGAGGGAGAUGAGAAGGCUGGCAGAAGAGAAGGAGAAGAAGAGUGAAGCACUUCAACAAGAAGUCGCAGAGCUGGGGGACAAACUGGAAGAGGCAGAGUACCAGGUGCGGAACACUACGGAUCGUAUUGAGGCGUACAAAAUUGUAGUUCAACUUCACACUGCUCAAACAAUGUUGGAUGAACCCUCUGAGGAGAUUCAAAAGAAAACUCUCAUUAACUCCCUGAGACAGGAAGUCCAGAGCCUGACACAGAGCAGCAAGCAUCUGCAGCAUCAGCCUGAUGGCAACGACAGCUGAGAGAAGAGGUUUUGGCGCUCAGGAGAACCUCUCGGAGGAAAGGAGAAAAUUGAGAGCAACCACACACACAUGCGAUUGGAGCGUGAGCUACUCGGACAAAAGAACAGUGGUGAACAAAAACAGCUAAUCUUAGACCAGCAGGUGGAGCAGUUUCACAGAGAAGCUGAAUCGGCAAGACACAGCUUCAAACUGGAGCGCGAAGAACGGUUAAGAAGCUUCAGAAGCAAGAGGAGACGUCACAGCAACUACUGGGGCGAGCUCAGAUCCAAACUUGAGCGCCAAGAGAGUGCUUCCAAAGAGGAGGUUUGUGCAGCUGAGAGGAAAACUUGAGGAACAAUCGCAGCCUCGGUAAAGCAGAUUGAGGAGCUCAAUGAGAAGCUGCAGACACAAGAGAUGAUGUCACAACAGCAGAUGAGGAGUUGAGCAAAAGUGAGUGAACAAUGGCAACUUCAAGCAAACUUAUAGAAUGAUCCCAAACAGAAGCUCAGUGAGUUUCAGCAAACGAAAGAGCAGCUCAAGGCUUCUACGUCUGCUGCUGAAGAAGAUCUCAAGACACUGAACUCAGACCUCCAGACUGAGCUGGCAUCCUUGAGGUCAAAGCUUUCUAACAUGGAAGAAGCGAUGGAGGCCGUCAGCAAAACUGAGGCUAUGUUUUCACCUUCAGACAUUGACAGCAUCCUAAAAGAGAAGGAUAGACAGAUGGAGGAGAAGCUGGCAGAGACACGAACAGUGUCCGCAGAGAGAGAGGCGGAGCUGCAGAAACAGAUUCUAGAAAAGGAGGACCGAGUAAAGACCCUCAAUAAGGGCCUGAAGGAGGCGCAGGAGCGGCGGGAAGAGGAGGAGAGCCAGGCGGUCCAGGGAGGCCCGGCGGCAGGGAGGUGGAAGAGGCGCAGAGAGCUGCUGGCUGUUGCGCAUGAGGCCAUCGCACAAAAAGAUGCUGAGUUGGAGAAGAAGGGCGAGGAAAUCAAGAGACUUAAAGAAAAUGCCAAACAGGACACGGAGAAAGUCCAGAGCCUCAGCCUGGACCUUCAGAGGAAAGAAGACGACACCUCAGACCUCAGAGAGAAACUUGCAGACUACAAGAAGCAGAUUCAGCAGGUCCAGAAGGAGAUUUCAUCCAUGAGAGAAGAUGAAAAGGUUUUGAGGCAGAAGCUUGUUGACACAGAGAAAGCCAAGAAGCAGCUUCAGACAGACCUCGCCAACAGAGACAGAACUAUCCAGCAUCUCAGCCUCAAACUGGAACAAUCACCUGACACCAAGUCUGACAAGACACCUCAGCUCUACCAGAACGCCUGUAAAGACCUUGAAGCCAAAGAACGUGCGAUGGAAGACAUGCGUUUGGCUCUGACGGAGCAGGAGGAGACGCAGGAGCAGAUGGAGGAGGUCUUGGAGGAGAAGCUUAACCUCAUCCAGGAGCUCUCUAGUGAGGUGCAGAAAUUGAAAGAGAUGCUGUUGCAGCAGGACAGUGGAAACACCUCACACCGUCAGGUUAACAGCCCGUCAGAGGAGCUCAGACUGACCAAGCAGGAAACAGCGCAGGCUCAGGAAAGCUUGAAGCUGUGCAAAGACAAACACCAGGCUGAACGGAAGAAGUGGCUGGAGGAUAAGCUGUCCCUGAUUGGCCAAGCUAAAGAGGCGGAGGACAAGAGGAACCAGGAAAUGAGGAAGUUUGCUGAAGACAGAGAACGCUACAAUCGCCAGCAGAGCCAGUUGGAGUCCCUGAACUCUCAGCUGGCUGAGAAGGACCAGGCCAUGGAGAAGUGGCGGAAGGAGAGAGACACUCUGGUAGCAGCUUUAGAGGUCCAGCUACAAAAACUUCUCUCAAGCCAAGCAGAGAAAGACAAACUCAUCCAACAGUUGAGCCAAAGUAGCACACAGCUACCACAAGAGAGUGGUAAUGUUGAUGGCGACAACAUGACAGAGCUGCAGGCCGCUCUGUCGGAGAGGGAGGCAGAGAUCCUACGACUGCAGGAAGAGCUCAAGGCCUCAAGAGCCAAACAGACAGGAACAGUCACACAGACUGAUGUGAAGGAAAGCCCUGCCACACCGACUGUGAAACAAGAGAGUGAGACGAUUAAGAGAAAGUCAGGAGGAAGGAGAGACACCAGGGCAUCAGUCAGCAGUCAGGGCUCAGCUGGCUUCCCGUCAGUGUUGGACUCCUCAGAGAUUUCCACAGAGAAUGGCAGGACAAGCCGCUUCCCCCGGCCGGAGCUGGAGAUCUCCUUCAGCCCUCUGCAGCCAAACCGCGUGGCUCUGCGACGCCAGGGAGAGGAGAACGCCGUCACUGUCAAAAUCACCCGCUCAGCUCGCAAGAGGAAGAGCGGAGAGAUGGAAAAGACUCAUAUUUUCAGGAGGAGUAAACGACGAACAACACGAGAGGAAGAGGUCCAGGCAGAGAACAGAAGGAACACUCGUACCAAACUGACGCCAAAGCUCACUCCACACAAAGAGGAGGUCUCUUCCCUUAUGAGGCAACAAGACUCCAAGAGCAGCAUCCGCAGCAGAAAAGAGGGCACGCUUCAGAAGAUCGGAGACUUCUUACAGAGCUCCCCCACACUGCUCGGCACUAAAGCCAAGAAAAUGAUGAGCCUGGUGAGUGGACGAGUUGAUGCAGACUCAGCAGCCUCCUCUUCCUCCUCUUCAUCCCUCAGUCUGAGAGCCAAGAAGAACAAAAGGAAACUCUACCGGCCUGAGAUCUCCUCUCCCAUGGACAUGCCCUCGCAUCCUAUCAUUAGCAGAGAGCCUGAGGAGAAAGACAGCGACCAUCAGAUCAUUAAAAGGCGCCUCCGGUCCAGGAUGGCUAAAUAAGUAGCCUUCAUGCAGUACUGUACACUUUUAUUUUAUUUUAUGUGCGACACUAUUUAAAAAAAAUGAAGGAAAAAGCGAUACCUGUGUUAUGAUGUUAAGUCCAAAAUAUAGCGACACACAUCCUAUGUUAUCCUAUUUAAUGUGUUAUCUUUAAUAUUUAACAAUUCAAGUAGAUUGUAUAUGAAAGCAAAGCCACUACUGUACAGUUGGCUAUGUGGCAGUUAAAGGACAACUUUAGUAUUUAGGAAAAUACACUAACUCACUUUUUUGUUAGCAGCAUUCAUGUCAGAGCUGGACCGAUGAGCUGAUUGGCAUAGUUUAGCAUAAUACAAUAUUUGGGUUUGUCUUUUGUCACAUGCUGGAUAUUUUUUCUGAUCAAUCACCAGCAGUUUCCACCUGAUCCCAGUCUUAAAGCUGUACGCAGCUCAGUGUCUCCUGGUCGCAAUGUUGACUAAAACACUGAUCAAUAAUUCAAUCAACUCUUAGCAGCAAUAUUUCUGCUGUCAAAUAUUCAUUUUACACUUUUGUCUUAAAUGAUCUCCAUGUUUACGAAUGAUAACUCCAGAAUCACGUCAUACGCUCACAUAGUAAGCACUCUGACUUUGUUUAUCUUUAGUACACUUUAAAAACAAGACACUGACUUUUUUUUUCAUUUUGAUGUGCAAUCUUUUAAAAUGUUGGGCUCUGCUGGAGUUUGGUUACCAAUAUUGUUUUAUAGAUGUUUGUUUAUUUCUACUCUUAUUAAGUAAAAAAACAUACAUUAGUAUCUUAAACCUCAGAGGUAACCACUACCUAUUUUCUGACUGAUAAAUAAAGCUGCUAUAGAGCAUUCAAACAUCUCCAACUUUCAUACUAAGUCAGAUUUACUCUUCCUCCUGCACUUUCUCUUUUAAACAAAUGUCAAUAAAAGAAUGAAACGUGACACCAAGGAUUGAUAAUGCAGGAUAAAGUUAUGAACGGUUCACUUUGUACCUCUUACUGAAAGACUCGUCUUCAAUGGUUCUGUUUUUCACGCCUGUGUUUUCAGACAGGUGGAUGUUGAGUUCACUUUUUUCUGUUGAAGAUGAAGGACUGCUGAUAAUCCUCUUUUUUGUUAAUGCAGUUUAUUUGUUAAAGCUGCCCGGGUGUAUCCCUUGUGUAUAUUUUCUAAAUAAGUGCACUCUUUAAGUUCAUGUUCACCUUUUUGAAAGACCUUUUACAUACUUUUCUUUCAUACGGCUGACUCUGCUGCUGUAAUGUUUAUUCUUUUUCCUCCUUUUGUUCAAUCAUUUGUAUAUGAAUCAUUUACCAGGAACAAAUACAAAACAUAUGCUACUCAAA